UAGUGUAAUAAAGGUAUAAUACUGAAGAUACGGCCUGAGCGAAGGUAAACAGAAUUCGGGAGUAAGUCCACCCAUAUAGGAAAGUCCACGGGGCUGUCCGAUUUGGUGCCUGAAUGAAAAGAGAGGAGCGACGCCUGCGCCAGGGAAGCAGAUUUACGACGAUAAAUACGAUUGCAGCCUUCUCUUUUCUCAUCUACUGUGUGGAAUCUUCGAGUCCUUGCAUAGAGAGAAGCAUGGACUCUCGAAAAGUGGCAGAGUUGAAGGGAUUCGUGCAAUUGUGCGAGUCCAAUCCCGCCAUCCUGCACCUUCCAGAGAUGGGCUUCUUCCGGACCUGGUUGCAGAGCAUGGGUGCAAAGAUCCCUUCCACGUCUUCCCCCAAGGAUGCAUGCCAGGGUGAGUGUCCCUGUGGUCCUCCCCCGACAUUUUCAGCUCCCCGAACUGAGCCCGAGCCCCCCGUACCAUCUGAAAGCGAGGAAAGCGAACUAGAAAACGACCUUGAGGGUGUCAUUGAGCCAGACACCGACGAGCCACAAGAAAUGGGAGAGGUUGAAACUGUUGAGGUGACGGAGGAGAUGAUGGACAUGGCCAAUGACAAGAAGAUAGAAGCCAUCAACGCCCUGGGAGACGGCGAUCUGCAGAAAGCUGUGGGUCUUUUCACCGAAGCCAUCAAGCUGAAUCCCUGUGUGGCCAUCAUGUACGCAAAGAGGGCGAGCGUUUACGUUCAGAUGCAGAAACCCAACGCCGCCAUCAGAGACUGUGACAGAGCCAUCAAGAUCAACCCGGACUCGGCCCAGCCUUACAAGUGGAGGGGGAAAGCUCACAGGCUGCUGGGCCACUGGGAGGAGGCAGCCCGGGAUCUGGCCACAGCCUGCAAACUGGAUUACGAUGAUGAUGUCAGUGCCAUGCUGAAGGAGGUCCAACCAAAGGCUAAAAGAAUCAUUGAGCACAGGCGCAAAUAUGAACGAAAGAGGGAAGAGAAGGAGAUCAAGGAGAAGCAGGAGCGCGUCAAGAAAGCAAAGGAAGAGCACGCUCGGGCUCAGAAGGAAGAGGAAGCAAGAGGAGGUGGAGGAUUCUUCCCAGGAGGUGCAGGAUUCCCCGGUGGAUUCCCGGGUGGGUUUCCAGGGGGAGCGGCCGGCAUGCCCGGUCUCAACGACUUGCUGCAGGAUCCCGAGCUGCUGUCCGCCAUGCAGGACCCUGAGGUGAUGGUCGCCUUCCAGGACGUGGCACAGAACCCGGCCAACAUUACCAAGUACCAGAACAACCCCAAGAUCAUGGCACUCAUCACCAAGCUGAACUCCAAGUUCGGAGGGGCCGCGCCCCAGCCGUAGAUGGGACCUGACCAAAGAGAGAGAGGAGGAUUUUGUGUGCUGCGACCAUCUUUCGGGGGGCUCUUCAGUAAUUCUACGGGGUACAGAUUAAUCCUUCAGGAGUGGAGUGCUUGUUUAACAGAGGAAGUUCAAAUCCAAACUCUUUAAUCAGCACUGAAAUCAACCAGCUCGGAGUCAAGGGGGCUGUCGUUCCAAGACAAGACCACUGUGAUUCCCCAUUAGCUGGCACUUAACCACAAGUUGUUACUUAACCUUAAAUCUCCAACCCUCCCGCUCCUGCACUCGUUAAAGCAUUUUUACAGCUACAUUGAAAACAGCGUUUUAGCACCAAAACCUUCUUCUGUUGUCAUUUAAAUAAAAACGAUUUUUGAUGUGACCCAAGUAGGGAAAAUGGUUAAUAAAGCUUCUCUUCUGAAAGGCA